CUCGGCUCAGAAAGAAUUCUUGGAAUUCCUCAAUAUUUGAAGCUCAGUUGAUUAUAAAUUUGGGUCAAUCUAUUACCCAGGCUUCUGGCUAUUGCCCAAUACCCAGAAGUCAUGGUUGGUGGAACUAGUUGGCCAGUGUUAGGGAUCCAGCCCCUGAACCACCUCGAGCAUGCCACGCGAAUCAUAGCCGAGGCCACAGCACUGCUGGAGUUCGACAACACCAAACGCGCCAAACUAUCAGCCCCAUCGCUGGAUGCCUUUCUCAACAGCGUAAUUACCUUAGCUAAGAAAACCCGCAAGCAACCAUCCGGACAGGAGAUUUUGGGAAAGCUAAACAGCCUACAGCCCGAUCGUGGAGGACAUCACCCUCAUCAAGAACGCCGUCAACAACGUACUCGCACCGCCUGCUCCCGUCGCACCCAAUGCAGCUACCCGCAUCGCCUCCUGAGCAGACGUAGUCCGUUCGGGCACGCCCUUGUAUCCGUCGACGCCGAAUAGCAGAGCCUCCACAACCGCAGGUGUGAAAGACCGUAGUGAAACUGGAUGCGAACGCGGCGG